CCAUUACAUAAUAUUCUUUGUCUGCUUUGGUCGAUUGUCUUUACCCUUUUCUCUGAUUAGUAAACAUGUUUCAAUUUUUGUUCCUCUUUGUUUAACUUUUACGAAUUAUCUUCAUCAUCAUCAUCAUCAUCAACAUCAUGAAUUAUCUUGGAAAUGGUUGAUUUUGUUCAAGAAAAAUGGCUGAAUUUAAAAUUCCAUGGAAAUCGCUAGAACAAAAAAAGCCUUUAAACCAGUUUUUCCCUCUUCCAAUCUCUUUCUAUGGUAACUGUUUAUCAUUUGGUUUUCCAUUUCUUUUUUGUUCUAUUCUAUUUUGCUAAUUCAAUGGUGGCCUCGCUUUUGAUUCUCUAAGCUCCCCAAUGUUGAUCGAUGAUUAUUUCUCACGAGAAAUUGACCUGUUUAUUUAAAUCCAAUUUUGAAGGACAUGGGAACUAAAAUUUACUUUCGGAUUCUGACUCAUCAUCAUCUCUCCAAAGUGUAUCAUCAUAGAAAGAAUGCAUGUACUUCUUAUUCAAGGUGUGAAAAGCGUUUAUAAUGAUGAGACUAAAUUCAAGGUACAUUCAAUCCUAAUAAGUCAUCAACUUAUCACCGAUACUCAAAGAUAUCAAACAAUUUGACGGAAAUACGUUGGCAACAGUUGAUUUCAUCCGGAAAUCAAUAAUAAUCUAAUACAUUUUACUCAUAAUGUAACAAUUGUCAUGAAAGACACUUGGCACAAAAGAUGCACCAACAAAAGCCAUUAGAAUGACAACCAAUUCAAAAUGGUUUCAUUAAUUGAAGAAAAUCAUCACUUUCACAAACAAAUUGGUCUUAACAAUCAAUAAAUCCAAAGAAUUAGCAAAAAAAGUUAUUGAUUAUUCAAUAAUAACGUUUGUCACCAAUCAACAGAUAAAUAAUUGUUCAUUGGAUAUCAACAAUCAAAUCUCUGGAAAGGAUCAACUAAAAUUAUUCACUCGAUUCAUCGGAAAUAAUUAAACUAAUGAUCCAAGUUGUAUCUUCAUUAGUUAAUCAUUGGGAGAAAUUAAUUCCUGGUUGGGAUGUAAACGCUGCACUUGAUGUCAAUGUAAUUAAAUUAGCUGACAAUGCAUUAGAAGCUGGUGAUGUAUUGGGCUGGAAUCCUGAUGAUGAUAUCGAGGACAAUUUAGUCAACGUUGCUCAAGCUUAUUUUAAUUUACUUCCACUCAAAGGAGUGAACAUCAAUGAAUCAAUUUCUGCUAAUUUAGCUUAUAUGAUUGAAGAUAUUGAUGUUAUCCCAUUACCACCAUUUAUUAGCAAAGAGCAAUUUGAGGCCAAGAUUACCGAGAAAAUCCUUAAUUCUUUGAGUUCAAUUCCAGAAAUUGAUGUAAAUCAAAGUGUUCACGAUAAUUUAAUCAAUUGGAUCAGUUUGAGUCUCGAAAAAGUUCAAGUAAUCGAUCCAUCGGCAACCGCUGAGAAACAAGUUAAUUACUUGAUUGAUUUAGCAUUCGACGAAAUUAAAUUAACUGGAUUUAGUCCAUCGAAAACUCUAGAUACCAAUAUUGUUGAUGUACUCCAGGCUCUCCUUUAAAUCAUAACAUCUAUGAAUCAGUUGCAAUUAAAGUAUUAUGACUGUUAACUAAUGAUAAAUAUUAUCAUCAUAAAUAUUCAAUAUGAUUAAGGGAAAAGUAAUAAAAAUAGUUACAUGAUUAAGAUAAUUAUUUGAUUAGCUCUCCCGGAAUUGUUUAAUUAUCAAAUUAGAUUAAGUCUCUCAGGUAAAUCCAGUAUUCUGAUGAGAACUGUUUAUAAAUCCAAUAGAUUUCAACGUUGUUUAUAAGUUUCUUUGCUUAAGUGAUUCAAACAAUAAACAAUUUGUUGACAAUU